AUGUCUAACAUUAAUAGACCUCCAAUACCAGGCGAUGGUGAUAUUAACGCUGCAAAUGCUGCUAAUUUAUCGCCAUUUGACGAUACUUUUAGAUUCACAGAUGACCAAGAUGCUCAUCAAACAGUGCCACCCACCAAAAGAAAUGGUUCUGUUCUGAAGAAAAACGGAGAACCUGGGCAGGUGUCUACUACAAAUGGUAUUUCGUUUAACGCUAAUUUAAUCAAAGAUGAUGUUAAGGAUGAAUACCACGAGAUUCAUUUCCAAGAUGGUGAAAAUGACGGUUAUGAACAUGAUUUCACAUUUGAAAUGGGUGAUGACCAUAAACAACAUGACAAUAACGACAAUGAUAUACACUCAUUUAGUGCCACCCCUCAAUUAAAUUUAAACUCAGGUGUUUUUGAAGACCCUUCAACAGAAUCAUCAGGAUCUGCUUCAGCUUCAGGUUUAGGGCUCAAUGAAAGGAAAGAUAAAUCUUCAAGAAAUGAGUCGAUGAAAAGACUACGUUGGGGUACACGCAGAACAAAAUUAGGUAAUCCAAUAGUCGGAAGAGCCAAGACUUUGAAAUGGGCUAAAGAAAAUAUUCAAAAACCAUUUGAAGAAUUUAGUGGGACUCAAGUUGAAGAUCCAAACGCUUUAAAUCGUUCUGAUGAAUUAAGAAGUAUUUAUUAUAAUUUACCAUUACCAAAGGAGAUGCUAGAUGAGGAUGGUAAGCCUAAGAUGGAAUAUGCCCGUAAUAAGAUUAGAACUACCAAAUAUACCCCAUUAACUUUCUUCCCUAAAAAUAUUAUGUUUCAAUUUCAAAAUUUUGCCAAUGUUUAUUUCUUAGCUCUAUUAAUUUUGGGUGCUUUCCAAAUUUUUGGUGUGACAAAUCCAGGUUUUGCUUCAGUUCCAUUAAUUGUCAUUGUUUGUAUUACUGCUUUAAAAGAUGCCAUUGAAGAUUCAAGAAGAACUGUUUUAGAUAUGGAAGUUAAUAAUACAAGAACAUAUAUUCUGCACGGUAUUGAAAAUGAAAAUGUUGCCUUUGAUAAUAUCUCCCUUUGGAGAAAAUUUAAGAAAGCUUGUACUAGAAUGACAUUCAAAGUGAUCCGUUUGAUCACUGAACGUGUUACUGAAAGUGGUAAGAUGCAAAGAGCUCAAAGAAAACGUCAAGAAUUACGUCAAAAACGUAUGUCUACAUCAACUAGACCACGUAGUUCUUUAGAUUCCUUUGAAAGUAUCAGAAUGUCAGGCGCUUAUGAAAGACCUUCCAUGGAAAAUACAAAUCCAUUUGAAGACCCAUAUCAAAUGUCUACUGGUCAGUCUAUUUUAGAUAGAUCAAUGCCACCAAGAACUGAUUGUAAAUUUAAAAAAGAUUAUUGGAAAAAUGUUAAAGUCGGUGAUAUUAUCCGUAUUCAUAACAAUGAUGAAAUCCCUGCAGAUGUUAUUUUAAUAUCUACAUCAGAUUCAGAUGGUGGUUGUUACGUGGAAACUAAAAACUUGGAUGGUGAAACUAAUUUAAAAGUUCGCCAAUCGUUAAAAUCUACUCAUCAGAUUAGAAGUUCUCGAGAUAUCUCAAGAACAAAAUUCUGGGUGGAAAGUGAAGGCCCACACGCUAAUCUAUAUAGUUAUCAGGGUAAUUUGAAAUGGAUGGAUACUCAAGCAAAUGAAAUGAGAAAUGAACCUGUUACGAUUAAUGAAACGUUAUUACGUGGUUGUACUUUAAGAAACACGAGAUGGGCCAUUGGGUUUGUUAUCUUUACAGGUGACGAUACAAAGAUUAUGUUAAAUGCUGGUGUAACUCCAACUAAGAAAUCAAGAAUCUCUAGAGAAUUAAACUUUUCUGUUUUAUUGAAUUUCUUGUUAUUAUUUAUCUUGUGUUUCAUUUCUGGUAUUGUUAAUGGUGUUUAUUAUGCUAAGGGGCCAUCUUCAAGAGAAUAUUUUGAAUUUGGUACUGUAGCAGGGAAUGCUUCAACUAAUGGGUUUGUUUCAUUUUGGGUCGCCGUCAUUUUAUAUCAAUCAUUGGUUCCUAUUUCUUUAUAUAUUUCCAUCGAAAUUAUUAAAACUGCACAAGCUGCAUUUAUCUAUGGUGAUGUUUUAUUAUACAAUGCUAAAUUGGAUUAUCCAUGCACUCCUAAAUCUUGGAAUAUAUCUGAUGAUCUAGGCCAAAUCGAAUAUGUUUUCUCUGAUAAAACUGGGACUUUAACUCAAAAUGUUAUGGAAUUUAAGAAAUGUACUAUUAAUGGUGUUUCGUACGGUAGAGCUUACACAGAAGCAUUGGCAGGUUUAAGAAAAAGACAAGGUAUUGAUGUUGAGUCUGAAGGUCACCAAGAAAGAGAAGCUAUUGCUACUGAUAAGGAAAUUAUGAUUAAUGAUCUAAGAAAUUUAUCAACAAAUUCCCAAUUUUAUCCAGAAGAUGUUACUUUUAUUUCUAAAGAAUUUGUUUGUGAUUUAAAGGGUGUCAGUGGUGAAUACCAACAAAAAUGUUGUGAACAUUUCAUGUUAUCCUUAGCAUUAUGCCAUUCUGUUUUAUUAGAACCAAGUAAAAUGAAUCCCGAUAAACUUGAAUUAAAAGCCCAAUCUCCUGAUGAAGCAGCUUUAGUGGGUACUGCCAGAGACAUGGGGUUCUCAUUCAUUGAAAAGACUAAGCAAGGUAUUGUUGUAGAAAUUCAGGGUGUUCCAAAAGAAUUUCAAAUUUUAAAUGUUUUAGAAUUUAAUUCUACAAGAAAGAGAAUGAGUUGUAUUGUUAAGAUUCCUCCUGCUAAUCCAGAUGAAGAACCAAGAGCUCUAUUGAUUUGUAAAGGUGCCGAUUCUAUUAUUUAUUCUAGAUUAAAGACUUCAUAUGAUGGUAAUGAUGAAACUUUAUUGGAACAAACAGCCUUACAUUUGGAACAAUAUGCUACUGAAGGUUUAAGAACAUUAUGUAUUGCACAAAGAGAGUUAUCCUGGUCUGAAUAUACUGAAUGGAAUGCUAGACACGAAGUCGCUGCCGCCUCAUUAACAAACAGAGAAGAACAACUAGAAAUCGUUGCCGAUUCUAUUGAACGUGACAUGAUUUUACUCGGUGGUACUGCUAUUGAAGAUAGAUUACAAGAUGGUGUUCCUGAUUCUAUUGCCUUAUUAGCUGAUGCUGGUAUUAAAUUGUGGGUUCUAACUGGUGAUAAAGUUGAAACUGCAAUUAACAUUGGGUUUUCAUGUAACUUAUUGAACAAUGAUAUGGAAUUAUUGGUUAUUAAAUCUGCUGGUGAUGACACUAAAGAAUUCGGGAAUGAACCAGUUUCUGUCGUUGAAGGACUAAUCUCCAAAUAUUUGGAUGAAAAAUUUGACAUGACUGGUUCCGAAGAAGAAUUAGCACAAGCUAAAAAAGAACAUGAUAUUCCAAAAGCAAACUAUGGUGUUGUUAUUGAUGGUGAAGCGUUAAAGAUUGCUCUUGAUGGUGAUGAUAUUAAACGUAAAUUUUUACUACUGUGUAAAAAUUGUAAAGUUGCAUUAUGUUGUAGAGUUUCUCCAGCUCAAAAAGCUGCAGUUGUUAAGUUGGUUAAAAACACUUUAGAUGUCAUGACUUUAGCUAUUGGUGAUGGUUCCAAUGAUGUCGCUAUGAUCCAGUCUGCCGAUGUUGGUGUUGGUAUUGCCGGUGAGGAAGGUCGUCAAGCUGUUAUGUGCUCUGAUUAUGCUAUUGGUCAAUUUAGAUAUUUAACUAGAUUACUCUUGGUCCAUGGUAGAUGGUCUUAUAAAAGAUUAGCAGAAAUGAUUCCUGGCUUUUUUUAUAAAAAUGUUAUUUUCACAUUAGCAUUGUUUUGGUAUGGUAUUUACAAUGAUUUCGAUGGUUCUUACUUAUUUGAAUAUACUUAUUUGUCAUUCUAUAACUUGGCCUUCACUUCAUUACCAAUCAUUUUCUUAGGUAUCUUUGACCAAGAUGUUAAUGAUACUGUUUCUUUAUUAGUUCCACAAUUAUAUCGUGUUGGUAUUUUAAGGUUAGAAUGGAAUCAAACAAAAUUUUUAUGGUAUAUGCUUGAUGGGUUCUACCAAUCUGUUAUUUCAUUUUUCUUCCCAUAUUUGGUUUAUCACAAGAACAUGUAUGUUACCAAUAAUGGUCUUGGUUUAGAUCAUCGUUAUUACGUUGGUGGUAUGGUUUGUGCUAUUGCAGUUACUGCUUGUAAUUUAUAUAUCCUAUUACAUCAAUAUAGAUGGGAUUGGUUCUGCUCAUUAUUUGUUGCAUUAUCUAUUUUAGUUUUAUUUGCAUGGAGUGGUAUUUGGUCAAGUUCCAUCACUAGUGGAGAAUUUUUGAAAGGUGCCUCCCGUAUCUAUGGAUCUCCUGCAUUCUGGGGUGUUUUAUUUGUUGGUGUCAUGUUUUGCUUAUUACCAAGAUUUACUUUUGAUAUCAUACAAAAAUUAUUUUACCCCAAAGAUAUUGACAUUAUUAGAGAAAUGUGGAAACGUGGUGAUUUUGAUCGUUUCCCUGAAGGUUACGAUCCAACUGAUCCAAAUAGACCCAAGAUUACUAAGUUCGGUUUACCAUCUACCAAUGGUAGCAUAAUAAUGAAAGAUAUCAAUGAAGUUAUGCUAAGUUCUGAUCAGUCUCAUGAUUCUGUUAUAACAGAAGAAAUUCCCUUGGAUAUUUUAAAAGAAGAUUUAGAGGCUUCAAGAAAACCAAGUGAAAGAAAUAUGGAGUCGGCUACUAGUCGAUGGAUACAAUCACCAAGAGAAAACCAAGAUUUGUUAUUUUCUCCCAUCAUCAAAGAAUGA